AUGUCUUCUGAGGCACCUUUUCCUUUCAAUCAGCCCUCAGCGGAUGUCGUUCUCCGCACGUCGGACGAUGUGGAUUUCCACCUGCACAAACUCAUCCUUUCCCAAGCAUCGCCCUACUACUCCCAUAUGUUUACCUUGAGGCAGCCACCGGGUAAUGAUGAUGAGCCGGUUCGCGUCCCCGAGACCUCGCAGAUUCUAGAUAAAGCACUUCGCAUUAUCUAUCCCGUACCUGAUCCACCGCUGGCGGCAUUGGGCGACGUAGCUGCUCUUCUAGAGGUGGCGACGAAGUACGACUUCGACGCAAUCACAGCUUAUUGUGCGAAGGCACUGCUAGACCCCGAGUUGAUCCGUAAGGAUCCGUUUGGCGUCUAUGCGGUCGCGUAUGAUUUCAAGUUGGAGGAGGAGAUACGUAUCGUGGCGAAGGAGACCCUACGCUAUCCAUACGACCCAUCCGCUCAGCCGUCCAAGGCACUGAUAACAAUUCCUGCCACCGCAUAUAUCUGGUUGAUGCAGUAUCGUGAAAGGUGCAAGGAGGCGGCGGUCGCAGUGAUCUCCCAGAUGAAGGAACCCGACUACGAGUUCGAUGAUUUGGAUUAUCGCUGCCCGGUGUGCGAUGGCACAAGGGCUCACGUGUGGAGAUCAUUAAUAUUCUACGUUGACGCAGAAGGCUACAUCUCACACGCUACCGAGGUGCUGAAUGACACGCCAUCCGCUACGGCUUUCCUGGAGGAUACAGAGCUCGGAUCGACCGUGUUUGUGCGAAAUAAGCCGCAGUGCCAGGCCUGCCUUCCGGGAAUUAGAGAUUCCAUGCGGAAUCUACAAGUGGUGCUCGCCAAAGAUAUCGAUUGUGCAAUCUCGGAGCAAGAACUCCAGAUUGCUUUUGAACCCGCCCAUUAG